CGGGGGUAUAUAAGGGCCGAGCGCGCAGCAGACCAACGAGCCGCAUCCGAAAGGGUAUAGACGGACUUCCUCGCAGGCCGAACGCCGCAAACUGAAGUAGUUCGCUGUUUCGACAACGUUUUUCUUCCUUUGUUUGCGAUAACUCUACGUAUCACACGGAAUCAUGCCUUCUCUUGGUGAGCCAACCUUUGCCGCCUACGGCCAACAGCAGUGGGGCAACAACGCUGCUUGGGGCGCCAACAUGACCGUCGUAGACAAAGUUCUGCCUGACAUGAUCUCCAUGAUCGACCCUCACUGGAACCAGUUCGCCCCCAUGAACCCCCUGUGGCACGGCCUCUUGGGAUUCGUGAUCGGCGUGCUCGGCGUGGUUUCGGUCAUUGGAAAUGGAAUGGUCCUCUACAUCUUCUCGGGCACCAAGUCCCUCAAGACUCCCUCCAACAUGCUCGUUGUGAACCUGGCAUUCUCUGACUUCCUCAUGAUGUUCUGCAUGGCUCCCCCCAUGGUAAUGAACUGCUACUAUGAGACCUGGGUCUUCGGCCCCAUGAUGUGCGAAGUCUACGGAAUGCUCGGCUCGCUCUUCGGCUGCGUCUCGAUCUGGAGCAUGACCAUGAUUGCCAUGGACAGGUACAACGUCAUCGUCAAGGGACUGUCCGGCACCCCCCUGACCAGCAAGGGCGCUAUGACCCGCAACCUGGGCGUGUGGGCCUUCUCUCUGUUGUGGACCCUGGCUCCCAUGUUCGGAUGGGGCAAGUACGCCCCUGAGGGCAACAUGACCGCCUGCGGAACUGACUACCUGAGCAAGGACCCCAUCAACCGCAGCUACAUCUUCGCCUACGCCGUCUUCGUCUACUUCUUGCCUCUGUUGACCAUCGUCUACUCUUACUUCUUCAUCGUCCAGGCUGUUGCCGCCCACGAGAAGAACAUGAGGGAGCAGGCCAAGAAGAUGAACGUCGCCUCCCUGAGGUCUGAGGACAAGGCCACCAGCGCCGAGUGCAAGCUCGCCAAGGUUGCCCUGUUCACCAUCUCUCUGUGGUUCAUGGCGUGGACCCCCUACCUGGUCAUCAACUUCGCCGGCAUUUUCAACGGAGCUGCCAUCACUCCUCUGGCCACCAUCUGGUCUUCUCUGUUCGCCAAGGCCAACGCCGUCUACAACCCAAUUGUCUACGGCAUCAGCCACCCUAAGUACCGUGCUGCUCUCCAGCAGAAGUUCCCCAGCCUGUCUUGCGCACCUGAGCGCGAAGACAACGUCUCUCAGUCUUCCGCCGCCACCAACGACGAGAAGAGCGAGAAGGCAUAAGCAGCUUUUGCGAGCGCUGGAACUUAUCGAACACGACGACACGGCGAUGGACGUUGUACUGUCUUUUUGUACCUUACGAAAUCGAAUAACAAACCCAUACUUCAGUUUCAUUGUUUAGUCACACUUUUACAUUUUCAUUUCAUAGUUUUUGUUAGGUUCUUUUUGUAUUCUUAAUAAACACCCAGCAUUUCAAAAAUGUA